GAACUACAUCUCCCAGCAGGCUGUGCUCUGACAGCUCUCAGAUUUAAAUAGGAUUCUGGGCUGUGCUUAGAGCCAGGCUGUUGCUGAGUUCUGAGAAGGAGGGAGAGGAGAUACAAGAGGGAGAAGCUGAGAGAAACAGCCAAGAGUUGGAGCCAGACGACAAGCUCGAGCCUGAGUUGGAGUCAACAUUGCUUUUGCUUAAGCAGCAGCAAGGAAAGAAGUUGAGAGGAUGCUGCUCACCUUGGGACUGCUCACCUCCUUCCUCUCUUUCUUAUAUGUGAUGGCUCCUUCCAUCAGGAAGUUCUUUGCUGGUGGGGUUUGUAGAACAAACGUGCAGCUUCCGGGGAAGGUAGUGGUGAUCACAGGCGCCAACACCGGCAUCGGCAAGGAGACAGCCAGAGAGCUCGCUCGCAGAGGAGCCCGAGUAUACAUUGCCUGCCGAGAUGUGCUAAAGGGGGAGUCUGCCGCUAGUGAAAUCCGAGCUGACACAAAGAACUCCCAGGUGCUAGUGCGGAAACUGGACCUCUCUGAUACCAAAUCCAUCCGAGCUUUUGCUGAGGGCUUUCUGGCAGAGGAAAAGCAGCUCCACAUUCUGAUCAACAAUGCAGGAGUGAUGAUGUGCUCAUAUGCCAAGACAGCUGAUGGUUUUGAAACCCACCUGGGAGUCAACCACCUGGGCCACUUUCUUCUCACCCACUUGCUCCUGGAGCGUCUGAAGGAGUCUGCUCCUGCACGUGUGGUGAACCUGUCAUCAGUGAUGCAUCAUAUUGGCAAGAUUCACUUCCAUGACCUCCAGAGUGAGAAGAAGUACAGGUCAGGUUUUGCCUAUUGCCACAGCAAGCUGGCCAAUGUGCUUUUUACUCGUGAACUGGCCAAGAAGCUCCAAGGCACAGGGGUCACCACCUAUGCAGUGCACCCAGGCGUCGUCAGCUCUGAGCUGGUCCGGCAUUCCUUCCUGCUGUGUCUGCUCUGGCGGCUCUUCUCCCCUUUUGUCAAGUCAGCACGAGAAGGGGCACAGACCAGUUUGCACUGUGCCCUGGCUGAGGGCCUGGAGCCCCUGAGCGGCAAGUAUUUCAGUGACUGCAAGAGGGCCUGGGUGUCCCCAAGAGCCCGGAAUAAUAAAACAGCUCAGCGCCUGUGGACCGUCAGCUGUGAGCUUCUAGGAAUCCAGUGGGAGUAGAGCUCGUGGAAGAGCCACAGCUUUAUCAGUCUCAGUCUUUGCCAUUAUGAAAGGUGACCAAGGAAAAGAGCAACCCUGAAGCUGGGUGUUGUUGUGAAUCCUGCCCUUUCCUGAUUCUCCUCAUCCUUCUGGAAGCCUUUGCAGACCCAACUCUCUUGUGAGAUUGACUCAUGGCACAAGACAUUCAAAACUACAGAACAUUCUUCUCUAAGACUUGCAGAGUCAACAACUCUCCUGAGAUGGGAGGACAGGGCAGAUCCUAGUCCUUUGGAAUGGCGGAAGAGCCUGGGAAAUCAGGUCAAUUUCUGCACUGAUGCCAGAAACUUCAGCCUGUGUGCUCAGCUGAGGUGACAGGAACAUCAGCAUUACAUAUUCCCAAAAAACAUAGACUCAAACUCUUGACUGAUCUCUUUCCUUUUUGAAAUACUUAACUCAUCUCUGGACCACCUCAGGGUAAUCAUGACUUAUCUUGGCCAAAUUUAUUUCUUUCCUCUGAGCAUCCUAGAGCCAAUGUGUGAAGCUGAAUCCAUUUCUUUCUCAAGUUCUUAAAAGAAGUAAAAACUUUUUUGUAGCUUUAUUGAGAUAUAAUUGUAUAAGUUUAGACCUCAUUCUCAAUCAUGCAGAUUUCUUUUUCUACAGUUUCCUUUGUCUCAAUUUUUAGAUAAAAUAAAGACU